AUGUUGCUCCGCUGCCUCAACCCUCCCUCCUGGUCCACCUGUAGGUUUUUCUUCUGCUUUUUGUUGGCGCUCCAAACGCCCCGGUCCUCCUCUCCGCUAAUUACAGGUACCGAGGCCAGCUGCGAUAACGAAGGGGAGGUCCUCCACAUUCCCAACAUCACCGACAACCCCUGCAUCACCUGCGUCUGUCUGGACGGGAAGGCAGACUGUAAACAGGAGAAAUGUCCGCUGGUCUCCGAAGACUGUGCUCUGGUGGUGAAACAGACUGGAGCCUGCUGUGAGAGGUGUAAAGGCUGCAUGUUGGAUGGACGAUCCUACAACAGCUCAGUAUCCUGGACCACCUCCACCAAACCCUGCAUAACGCGAAGAUGUCAGGAAGGUGUCAUCACUGAGGCAGAGGUGCAGUGUGUCGUCCACUGCAAGAACCCCAAAGUCCACCCGAAGAAGUGCUGUCCCACCUGCCCCAGUUGUAUCUUUGAGGGUCGUCUGUACAAAGAGAAGGAGGAGUUCAGUCCAGAGGGCAAACCCUGCAUCAAGUGCACCUGCACUGGAGGGCGGACUCUCUGCAUGAGAGAAGUGUGUCCUGUCCUUUCCUGUCCCUCCCACCUCACGCACACCCCGCCCGGACAGUGCUGUCCCAGAUGCCUCGGUCAGAGGAAGGUGUUUGAUCUGUCUUUAGGAAGCUGUCUGUUCCACAGUGAGGUCUAUGAGAACGGCACUCAAUUCACCCACGACAACUGCACCACCUGCACCUGCAAGGAUUCAACAGUGGUGUGCAAGAGGCGGUGCUCACGGCAGGGGAGUUGCCAGGGCGACCGGUUUUGUGAGGAGUGUUUGUCCUACGUGAAGGUGGAGGAGGUGAAGUACUGCAGAGUCCGGAACAAGAUCUACAGGGAAGGAGACAUGUGGUCUUCAGUUAACUGCACUCUCUGUGCCUGUGUUAAAGGAAUGACGGAGUGUCGGCCCAAACAGUGUGUACCAAUCACCAGCUGCCCCUCGAAUAAGAUCCUGAACAGAACCGGCUGCUGUCCAGUUUGCACUGAAAAGCCAGGUGUAUGUACGGUGUUUGGGGACCCUCACUACAACACCUUCGAUGGCAGGACCUUUAACUUUCAGGGAACUUGCCAGUACGUUCUGACUCGCGACUGUGGCGGCGUCCCCUCCGGAGGCCCGGGAAACAACGUCAACAUCAACAGCCCAGACUCCAGCUUCACGGUACUGGUGAAGAAUGACGCCCGGCGGACUCGCUCCUUCUCCUGGACCCAGUCCGUCGAGGUGAGGCUGGGAGGUCUGACCCUCAGCCUGCACCAGCACCUGACGGUCCGGAGGAAUGGCACCCGCAUCGCCCUGCCCUAUCACGGCCCCGGGGUGCACAUUGACCUGGACGGAUACCUGCUUAAACUCACCACCAUAGCAGGUCUGGAGAUCACGUGGGACGGUGACAGCUUCGUGGAGGUUGUAGCAGCUCCCCACCUGCGCGGACGCCUCUGCGGCCUCUGCGGCAACUACAACGGCCACAAGCGGGAUGACACGAUGGGGGGUGACGGCCAGUUCAAGUUCGACGUGGACGAGUUUGCCGAGUCGUGGCGAGUCGAGGGAAACGAGGUUUGCUCGCAGCAGCCUCCGCCUCGCCGGCCAACGUCCUUCCAGUGUCCUGGCAGCGUCAAGGUCAAGUUACGCGCUCACCGGGAGUGCCAGAAGAUCAAGUCGUGGGAGUUUCAGAAGUGCCACCGUGUAGUUGACUUCGCCCCGUUCUACAGGUCGUGUGUGACGGACAUGUGCGAAUGUCCGGUCCAUAAAAACUGCUACUGCGAGUCCUUCAUCGCCUACAGCCGAGCCUGCGAGAGGGAGGGAGUACCCGUCCUCUGGAGGCCCGACACAGCCUGCAUGGCCACCCAGUGUAAACACGGUGCCGUCUACGACACCUGCGGCCCGGGCUGCACCAAAACCUGCGACAACUGGAACGAGAUUGGACCGUGCUACAAGCCCUGCGUGGCCGGCUGCCACUGUCCCGCCAACCUGGUGCUGUUCCAGGGACGCUGCAUCAAACCCAUAUCCUGCCCUGGACGGUGA